AUGUACUGCCAGAAAUGCCGGACUCCUUUGAAGCUGGACAGCUCGCUCGAGUCGCUCAACCCAGCGGUCUUCGAUCUCCUCGCCGGUUCUACGGGUAAAACCCUACCGGAAUCGUCGUCUCGACCUUCCUAUCCGCAAGAAAGAAAUGAAUACUACGACCGAGCCUCCCAGAAUGCCAACUCCGCCGCGUACAGAAGGAUGAUCCCACCGCCGGUCACUGCGACCGGCAACCAGCACAACCCCAAGCUAGGACGUGGGGACAGCGGCAACAUGUCCUUCGUCAUGCUUACGGAGUCCCAACUCGGUCCGCCACAAAUGACACCAGAGACGCAAGGCCUGGGCUCUCCGUCGAAAGGCAAACAAUCAUCCGGCACUCACACCAAUGACAGCGAAGGGGAGUCACUCCCCUUUGCCGACCAGGUCGAGCGCAACAAUCGCAUUUUCGAGUUCAUAUCGGCUCACUCCGACAUCGAUCAUCCCAUCUGCACGGAGUGUACGGAUCUGGUCAUGAUGGGGCUACAGAAGCAACUGGUCAAUGCUACAAAGGAACGCGACGCAUACAUUUCCUUUCUGAGGACCCUCAACUCGUCAACGGUACCUACGAACGAAGAAAUCGAGGCCGCCGAGAAAUCCUUGAAGGAGACCAAAGAAGCCGAAGACAAGGCGUUUGCCGAGCUCGUCGCGCUAGAAGAAGAGAAGGCAGCGCUGGACCGGGAAAUCGCCGAGCUGGAGGAGGAAUCGCAAAAGCUGGAUCUGCAGGAGGAGGAGUUCUGGCGUGGUCGCAACGAGUUUACACUCGAGCUCAACGGGUUCCAGGAAGAACGGGAUGCUUUGAAUAUGAAAUACGACCAUGAUUCUCGCCAGCUCGAAAGACUACAAAGAACCAAUGUGUACAACGAUGCUUUUUGUAUCGGUCAUGACGGCUACUUUGGGACGAUCAAUGGAUUGCGGCUUGGUCGUCUAACCAAUCCGUCCGUGGAUUGGCCCGAAAUUAAUGCUGCCUGGGGUCAGACAGCCCUGCUCCUUGCAACGAUCGCCGAGAAAUUGGGGUUUUCGUUUCAAGGGUAUCAACUCAAACCUCUAGGGGCCAUGUCUAGGAUUGAUAAAAUUGAGUAUCCUCGCCCCUCCCCGGCUCAGUCCGCCAUAGGUGGUGGGAAUCCGACGACCCUAGGACCGCCUAAGACUACCACACUCGAUCUUUUCUCAUCCGGCGACCUGCCGCUCAAUCUUCCUUGGCUUCACCGCCGAUUCGACGCAGGAAUGGUGGCGUUCCUGGAAUGUCUACGCCAACUGGGCGAAUUUGUGGAGAUGUCACAGGCACCUGUAUCCUCAAAUCGCCGCGCUCAAACCGGCCCUCCGAGCCCGGCCCUGAAGCUCCCAUACCCAAUCAAGCGUGAUAAAAUUGGCGAUGCGAGCAUCAAGCUUGGUUUCAACCAGAACGACGAGACCUGGACCCGUGCCUGCAAAUACACCUUGACCUGUUGUAAAUACCUGUUGGCACAUGCUAGCAAUGUCGCUAAUGUUGGUUCCAAUAGUUCCGCGGCUGCUACGGCCGGUGAACAAACCAGACAGGUAACGUCCAGCCCUGCUAAGAAAUAG